ACUAUUUAAGUUAACAAACUGUGGUCUACCUACCUACUCUUUUCCAACUAAGCCUCAAUUUAGGUACUUAUCUACUCGACGGAAAAGAAAAAGGAGAGGAAAAUAUUUAAAUUUCAUCUUCAUCUUCCUCUUUUCCCCCGACUCUCACAAAUUCUACUAUCACCACUACAUACACUUUCACAAUCUAUCAUCAAUCACCAUGGGUGUUACCAAGACUGUAAUUCAGGAGGGCACCGGUGCUCAGCCUACUGCUCGUCAGACCGUUACCAUUGAGUACACCGGCUGGCUGAAGGACACUUCCAAGCCCAACAACAAGGGGAACCAGUUCGACUCUUCGGUUGGCCGAGGUGACUUUGUCACGCAAAUUGGCGUCGGUCAGGUCAUCAAGGGUUGGGAUGAGGGUGUACUUACCAUGAAGGUUGGGGAGAAGGCCACCCUUGAUAUCACCAGUGACUACGGUUAUGGUGCCAGGGGAUUCACCGGACACAUUCCUCCCAACGCUGACCUCAUCUUCGAUGUCCACCUGAAGAAGGUCCAGUAAAUUACCAUGCAAUAAGGUAACGGAACGGAGUUCUAGUCUAUAUAAGUUCGGAAACGGAUACAGGGCAGGAGGUUCUCUCGCUUCGGUCUUUUUGUUUCCGCUACAUGUGGCAUGGGUUAGGGCGGCUUCUACGUGAGAGGCGAGAAUCAGACAAUCGUUAACCACUGAAACUCAUUUCCUCGUUUGUGUUCUACAGCCGUGACACCGUGCCAGCUGUCUGGGACUUGCAGUUGGGCUAAAGCGCUUUGCUAUCUCGUAAAUGUAGCUGCAACGCACCGAUGAUCCUCUACCCUUACGAACCCUUCCGCCGAAAAUCUGUACUAGCCUAAAUCGAGGCUACCUGCCGAAUCUAUGUUUCACCACAGACUUUGGUUACGAUGAAAUUGCGAGCUUGUGACCGCAUAUAGCAUGUUGUACGAGGAGA